GGACAUUGCUGAUUAUAAUCAUGACGAACACUGAUAUGUCGCAACCAGACAUGAAGACCACAUUUGUUGCAGCUUGCCAACACGUCAAACAUCAGCAUGAACUACGUACCUUACGUCCCUACUAUCAGCCUGCGAGUUAAUCAUUCACUUGCAUUCAUGGCUCCCUCGCUCGCUAUAACCAAUCACCACUCCUACUCAGAAAUGCCACUGUAGAACACAUUCGUCUACAUAAGGUGGGAACACAAAACUCGUGCCCUCAACAUUUCCAGAGAGCUCGUACGGAGCUGAACCGAUCCCUCACUUGACCGGCCGCCGUUGAGAGCAUCUGCGCUGCAGUGUAAGCCGAACGGUGCAGACAACAUAACGUUGAAAAGUAUCACAAAAUACCGCCUGGAGCCGAUUUCGAAACCGAUGACUUCACGUGUGCUAAAGUCCAGCUGCUUAAAUCAAAUGAUUAACUGCAGAGGAGACUAAAAUCAUCCGACGACGCAAGCCGCAAUCGAGAGAGAUUCAUCGCCCCUCCGUUUGUGUCCGUCACAGAGAGAGAGAGAGGGACACAUCGCGACCAUGACGCUGUGCCCAACAAGAUCCGCGCCCUGCUUGGCUGCGCUGCUGCUGCUAAUCUCAACCUUGGUGGCAGCAACGAACGUGGUGGAGGAGCCCGAGGGCUGGGGCCUCAACGUGCAGAAUCUGCGGCGCGGGAUCGAGAAGGUCGACAACUAUCUCGAGUCCAUGGUGGAAUUCUUCGGUGGCUACAACGGGGAGUGCCAGUACCGCUGCAAGCAUGGGGUUCCAGGAGCCGUCCCUGUGCCAAGGAAGGACUACAAGGCGGCGCUGCCCAACGGCUGCGGAACUUCGCUCAUGGGGGUGCAGGCGUUGGACGGGCUGGACCUUGGCAUCCCGGCCAUGACCAAGUGCUGCAAUCAGCUGGACAUCUGCUACGAGUCGUGCGGGGCCAGCAAGAACGUGUGCGACGCUCGCUUCCGCAUCUGCCUCUCCUCCAUCUGCACAGACCUGCGCAAGACCCUCGGAUUUAUCUCCAAAAUCGACGCCUGCGAGACGGGGGCCGAGCUCCUGUACAAGACGGUGACGAGCUUCGGGUGCAAGUCCUUCCUCAACAGCCAGCGUGCGUCGUGCUACUGCGAGGGCGAGGACAAGGACGAACUUUGAGGGCUCCCCCCCCCCCCCCCCCCCCACGUUGGGUUGAGCCUGCGACACUCGUCAGCCGGAGGCCCGUCCACAGCGCACCAGCCAGGCCUCCGACCGCCCUUCCGUGUGCCCUCGGUUAGCUGCGGGUGCAAGCGAGAGGCCCGGCUGGGUCGCCUCAGAGGUCAAGAGCACUGAAGCCGGCACCGCCGAUUAAGCCGGGCCGUGAAGCCCCAAGUUCGUUGCAACGAAUUUUGGGGGGAUUCAUUUUCUCACGUUACUCGGCUAAACUUCCCGCUCUGCUCAUUACAAUAUUGGUUGGAUUGUCACGAGAACAGCAUUGCUGGCAUAGAGAGAGUCCGUAGGAAUGUGCCGCUCUCUAGUGGGCAGGGAUCUGAGGUAGCUCUGUAAUAUCCAAUUCUGCGGGCCUCAAUCUGACACGGCGUCGUAGUUGCACUGCGCUGCGAGAGAUUUUAAUGGGUUUUUUCAUCUCGUGACGUGAUGCCGAUAGCACAAUCGGGAUAAAAUUUAAGGGGGAGAGAGGGAAUGAACAAACUGAUUUUCGUAUAUAUUUUUAAGUAUGUUGAACUUCUUUUGCACUGUACGUAGCCAACCAUGCUAAUCGUAGGUGUGGGGGAAGCACAACAAACUAAACGCAAAAAGCAGUUCUAAGGAAAUGAGGUUUGAGUGUUCUCAGCUGUACCAACACGUAGUGGAGAUUUUGUGUCUCUAUAUUGGAGAUUUUGAAGAUCGACGUUACGAGGCCAAAAGUGUAAAACAGAAGUUGUUUAUUCUGUUUUACCUGUGUUUAAAUACCACUGCGUAGAUUUUUAAUACUACGGCGUAGGUUUCCCGCGGUUGUGAUGUAUCGCCCUCCGAUACCUCUUAUCUCCACGAACAGAUCGUUCUAAACAUAAACGGCCAAUAUGUGAGUACAUGAAGUGAUGUUGGUUACAUUGGUUCCUCGCUACGACGAGAGAACUGCUCAACAAGCCUGCAAGAAAUCUAAACACGACAUUGGAAAUGCCGCUCCGAUGCGCUUCUGGGGACCGUACGCGCGUGUUGCUCGGCACGACGUCCGACGUUUCGCACCAAACGUGCUGGGAGCUUCAUCGGGAACUAAACUGCAACACUUAAGUUGCAACGUUUCUGAAGACGUUCCCAGCAGCUGGGCCAAAAAUAUCGGACAUCAGAGCCACCGCAAACACACGGCCGGUGCAACGCUAAACACAAACGCCUCAGACGUCUGCGUUUCAAUAUUUAAAGUGCGAGCUUCUGUGACCACGAUGACCCAGUUAGGACAAUGUUGCUGCGUCAACUAGAAUGUGGGCUGAAAAACUAUUUUUCAGGUCCAGAUUUGAGAAAAUAAGUGACCUAUUUAUUUAUAGGAGUCACAUCGCACUGGCAACAACAUCCAGGCAGGAGUUAGGAUAUGUUUGCAUGUUGAUGAGAGAGAGGGAGGGAGCCGAUUUUUCUCCACCGAUGAAUUUAACUCAAUCCGAGGCCUUUGCUGAGUGAAUCCUGCAGAGGGCAGAUGUCUACAGUUUAUCUUCCACACACCGCAGUUAUUUCCACCGAAGGGAACGUUGAAUUGCAAUAACCAUUUUGCAACGCACUGCCACUCCCGUGUCCAUGCGAAGGCAAUGCCACGGUGCCACAUAUAAGUCGAUCCCUUUGCCGUGCACACUCUGAAUAUCACUAAUUAAUUUUCAUUGUGGCACAGGAGAAGGAUCCUCUGCAUACGUAACGAGCAUCAUUCAUUCGUUUGCGAAACAUUUCCCUUUCGACAUUCAUUUUGUGACCUUUGUUUUGCCGCUUAAGAAUUUACCAUUAUAAUAGUCAACAGUUUACUUUCUAAAUGGAUGGAGGGUUUUUUUCAAUAAACCGUACUGGAAAGAAAA